CGCUUCUGCGAUUGCCAUUAUCUUGACACUUGUAAUUCAAGACCAUCGGGGGUUGCCAGUUUAGGGAAGGCUGUUCUGCCACAUGGCCGCCAAAGCUCUUGCCACUAUGAAAGAGGACAGUGAUCUCCUUGAGCCUUUUCUGCUUGAUGAAGACUAUAGAGAGCACAAACUGGUUCGUAGAUCUUCCUAUCAGAAGAAACCCGGGGAGCUCCUGUUACUAAACUUUGCAGUGUUAUGGCAUAACAUAAAAAGUGGCAUCAAAUAUAAUGUGUCCUGUUUCUCCCAUAAGCACACAAUGACCGGACCUCCACUCAAAAGAAGUACCUGGGUUUUGAUUCUGGUCCCUUCCAUUCUUCUUACUAUUGGAGGAAUGUGGGUUUGGCGCAACCUGCCCAUUGCAGUAGCUGACCCUAAAAAUCUCACUGUUGCAACCCUGCUGGAAGCCAAAAAAUCCAAACCACUUUGUGGGGCCAUGGAAAAAUGCUUGGAUAAAGCUAUCAAGGAAUUCAUUUUGGAGCCGGAUAUUGUAAAGGAGAAUGCCAAGAUGAUCCUUGAGUGUAAUGGAACAAGGAAGGAAUUUGUGUCAGGUAAAGGGGGAAACUAUAUUGAAGUGUUCUGGGUAGAUGGCCAAACAUAUUACACGGUCAAAGAAGCCAAUUCAAAAGCCCGUAUGGCAAGGCUGGGGCGCCAACCUUUACCACUCAGUCUUGCCAGCAUCUUGAAUGUCUACCAAGAGUUGGCCUCCCAUGAAGGCUCAGAGGACCUGCGGCAGUGCCUGAAUAAGACGAUAGAGGAAUUUCCCAAGGAACCCUCAGAUGUGCAGAAAAAUGCCAAAUUGGUGGUGUCAUGCGGAGAGAAUAAUGUUAUCUUCUGUUCAGCUGCUGGAAAGAAUGAAAUCACUGUGUACAAAGAUAUGCACGGGAAGAUUGAAUUUAAUGUGAAAUAUACAGGAUGGGCUUGGUGGGCCAGUUUAUUCACAAGAAGGCAAGUUAAGUAAUGGCACCAGAGAAGACAGUGUGGGAAGAAGCUUUGUAGAUGUGCUGCAGAGACAAAUGAUUUAUCUUACAAAACUUCAGCUAGCAUCUCCUCACCGUACCUUCCCACGUGCAUGGUUACCGAGAUCGUGCCAGAGUUCUGGGCCUAUCAGUCAUUUGGUUGAUGAUAGAUUACUGUUUGGUUUCAAUAAUCAGAAUGCUUGAUCAGCUCACAGUUCCAGCAUUUCUUUUCUCAGUAAAUAGAUGUAGAUGAAUCACAAUUCCAUGUAUAAAAAGCAAUUAAUGGUCAGAGUCUUGCAGGGCAAUCACUUUAUCUCCACUCCAGGAGUCCACCAACACACUAUUAUCCAUAUUGUAUUCCUCUGCUCUCUUUUUAAUGAUUGCUUAAAUAAAGCUUUAAAUUGUUACUAGAUGACAAAAAUGUUACUGUCCUUUUUCUCCUGUGAUAUCCCAGGCUUUUAAAAAUCCUCUUCCUACAACUGCUAGGAUAUGUUUUCGAUACAGAUCCCACAACAUUUAUGAAGACAAAAGGCAGACACCCUGGUUUCUCCCUGUCUCAGCCCUUGCUUCCCCACAGUGAAGAGUCUGACAGUGAUAUUUGGUGGUCCAAGGUGUCAGAUGGGGCAGAAAAAUCUACCAAAAGACAGAUGGUUUGCUUUGGCCACCAGCAAGUUAAUGAUACAAACCAAUGAAGAUUCCAUAGAGUAUCUUAGACAAAAUCCUGAUUGAAACAGGUCCACAAGAUUAAUAGAAAGUUAAAGGAGAACUCCAUACUGUAGAUGAAAACAGGAGAAGAGACAUUGGGUAGAAAUUAGAGCAAGCAAAAGGAUCAAAGAAGACUUUCUCAACAAAGUCUACCACCUCUUCUAAAGCAGGAGAAAAAGUGCAAUUUUGUAUACUGUUAGCUGGAGCUAACGCUAGAAGGCCAAUAGUAGAAUUAGAGCUUGACUCAACUAAAUACUCCAUAUAAAAUAAUUACUCAACUCAUUGGAAGAAUGUGAAGAACAUUCCUUAGCAAUUGUCUGUAAAAGUGGAUCUAAAGUGAUUGUAAAGUAACAACUGUUCGGGAGGCUUCAGUUGAACAGAUUUUAUAUUUUGAAAGUAAUAUUGUUUUGCCUGCUCCAAUAAAAGUACUCUUACAUUGAUAACAUUCCCACUUAACAUUUAAAGUUAGGGUUCUAAACAACAGAUAUUAAAAUAUUUAAUAUUGAUAUUAUUCUCUCUCUUUAAUGUUCAUAUCAACAAUGUGGUGUUUGAACCUUCAUGACCAUUAUUUUUCAUCCUUCAAUUCAGGACCAGAAACUGCCUAUUCUAAUGUAUGAUACAGUCCUCCUUUCCUUGAAUACUGUAUGAUAGCCCUAGGAGGUUGCUGAUUAUGAUGGGAAAUUUCUGCAAAGAAGAGAAAUUAGUAAUCACCACUCUAAAAAGUGGUUAUUUUUUGAAAAACAAAAAUGAGAGGUUUAUCUGGCCUGGAGGCAGAGCAAAUAUGUUCUUUAUAUUUCAGAGUGUACAUGUUAAUAAACCAGUAGAUUUCCCAUUAGCAGAAAAUAAAAAUUUCAGUCUCUAAUAGAACAUACUCAGUUUUUUUCUUUCAUGGGGAAGACAGUUGAUAGAACAUGGAGAAAUCUAUAUAGGGAAAGCUGUAACGUAAUUGUUGGGUGGCUCAGAGAUUUGGGGAAAGAGGAAUAAGGAUUUAUCAGAAGGAUCUUUGCUUUUCUGGGACUGUUUUGGAAAUCAUUGUCAAUUCCUGUUUUUCUAGAUGGUAUACUUGCCAUUCAUGAUAAACCACCCCUUUUGCAAGAUUUAACUUUCUCCGCACUGAGAUUUCACGCUCACGCAGUCUUAGAGAUUUUGCUGCCUUUUCUUGGUUGAGCAUGUAUGUACCGUAUUUACUCAACAGAAAAAAGAAGUCCCGCCAUUAGACAAUUACUUCUAAAUAAGGAGGGGUACACAUUCACUACUGAAAAAACUUGGAUGCCUCUGAAUUUUAGCCUGAAAACGCUUGAAAGGCACUGCUAGCCUAGUGAAUUUAAUUUCUCUAUAAUGCAUAAACUGUGUUUUUCUUUCCUUGUCAGUUCAGAAUUUAUUCCCUCCUCUCAGCUCUAUCAAAUUUUGUUCUUCCCUCUGCUUUCCUUCUCUUCAUUUCCCAGCUAAACCCUGUCCCUCAUCUUACUUCUGGAUCAGCGCGUGCAUGUACUUUUCUGUUUCUGCGUAACAGUAGUUUGUGUGGGUGAGAAAGAAUAAUAG